AUGAAUAAAUUAGAUACAGAUUUAAGAAAAUAUUUACAACAAAAUCAUAAUCAACUUACAUGGAAGGAAAGAAUUCAAAUUGUAGUUGAUAUAACUCGGUCACUUUUACGAGUUCAUAAUGAGAAUGUAAUUCAUAGAGAUUUGCAUUCCGGAAAUAUAUUAUUCCAUUUUUGUAGUGGAAAAUUUAAUAUUAGUGAUCUUGGAUUUUGUGGACCUGCAGAUAAACCAUUAAAGAGUGUAUAUGGAAAUCUUCCUUACAUUGCACCGGAAGUUAUUUCAGGAAAAGUAACUACUUUUAAAUCUGACAUUUAUAGUAUUGGCAUACUUAUGUGGGAAAUUUCAUCUGAACAACCACCAUUUAUUAAUUUCGAACAUAAUUAUGAUCUUGCUAUGAAUAUUGUUAAUGGUAUAAGACCAAAAAUUGUAUCAGGAACUCCUUUAGAAUAUAAAAAUUUAAUGAAACAAUGUUGGGAUGCUGAUCCAUCAAAGCGACCUUAUAUCGGCACACUUAUUGAAGAGAUAAAUAAACUUAAUUUAUAUUAUCAAAAUAAACCAAAUGAAUUAUUAACUAAACUGGAAGAAGAUAAUAGUUUGGAAAUAGGUGAUUUAGAAAACUAUACAAAUAGUAGCAGAUUAUUUACGAGUAAAGUUCAUCAAUUUGAAAAUUUUCCUGAACCAAGAAAUGCAACAGGAGAAGAACAAGAAGCAUUUCACAGUAAUAAAUCAUACAACUUUCAUAUUCCCAAUAACAUUGAUGAUUUUGAUAAGUUGAAUAAUCAGAAGAAUAGUUCAAAAAUAAUUAGCAUUUUUAAAGUUGGUAGUAAAAAAUUAUCCAAAAUAUUCAAAAGGAAUUCAAAAAAUGAUAUUCAAGAAACAAUGCAACAACAAAUAAAAAAAUAUCAUGAUGAUAUUGACGAUGACGAAAUACAUAAUAAUCCAAAUCUUCAUUCGGAAGAACAAGACGAAUUGGAACUUCCGGAUAUAAUACUAUUAUUACACAUGAAGUAUUUUUAUAUAAAUUAUUUAAACACUAGGACUAGAGUAGUAAGAUUAAAUAUUUCUUAGUUUGUAAUUUAAAUAAUU